CAAAAAAACAGAACCUAAUUGGGUAUAAUACCCUGUUUUUGCUGCCCAGUUACCUUGCAGACAACAGAACUUGUCUAAAUAAGAUUGAGCAUUACAAGAUUAAAUAAAUAAUUGCGGUUUUUGUACAUGAAUUUGACGGGUAGAAAUGGAUAAUCAUAAGCAGACUAGAAACCUGAUGAAUUAUUUUUAUCUUGAUGGCUACAGGCCAAUUUCCAUAUCUUCCAGACUUUCAUGUUAUUGGCCUUUUGUGAUCUGUAUGUUUAUGGUCUUCAUAGUAACCAGACCCUGCCAGAGGACAUAAUAUUUUGGUAGAUUAUCUGCUUGAAUAAUCUGAUAUCCUUCAGGGAUAUUCCAACAUAAGUACAUUCUUCUACAUUGAAUUCCCAGAAAAGGAAUCCUAUGCAGGAAGGAUUGUCUCAAGUAAAUCCUGUGCAUAUAUAAGUUAUCUAGUUGUUAGUCAAGAGUAAGACAGCAUGAUUAGUCUGAAACAGCUCAUCAGAAUUGCUAGCAAGUGACAGAAGAUAGGUGUAGUUAGGAUUAAAAGAAUUUCUUGUUAAGAAUCACUAGUAGGAUGGAUCUUGAGAAUGGCAACUCAUCAUUUGUUGCUAAAAAAGGGCAUUUUGUUGUCUACACUGUAGAUUGGAAGCGUUUUACUAUACCAUUAGAGUAUCUUAGCAAUGAAAUCUUUCGCGAGCUCUUCAAGAUGUCUGAAGAGGAGUUUGGAGUAUCAAGUGACAUGCCUAUAAGGUUUCCAUGUGAGUCAGCAUACAUGGACUACAUUUUAGCACUCAUCCGACGAGGCAUAGCCAAAGAUUUUGAGAAAGUUGUGAUCAAUUCCAUUACCACUGGGCAGUACUGCUCAAUAUCUGCUUCUUCAGAUGAUGGACAUGCUUGUGCGACAUGCUUAUCUUGGAAACUUUGUCUAAACUCUGAGUUUCAAAGACAAAAACAAACAAGAAAGGUAAAAGGAAAAGGUCAGGCAUAGGAGAGUAAGAGUUCCUUGUGGAAAAUGUACAAUCAGUUGUAAAUUUCCGGAUUAAGGUAUAUAAUCAUUCUUCAGAAAGCACAAGUCUCAUCCAAGUAGGAACUUGUGGCUACUACUUGUUAGACAAUUAAUGGACAUGUUGGGCCAAUAGUCCUAGUCUUCCAAAGCAUAGAAUUGCUGCUCUCACAAAACCAUCAGGAACAGAUUCACUUGCGCAUGUAGGCUUAUUCAUAUAUCUGCCUUCUUGUGGAUCACAAAUUAAGUUUUGAUUCGGCUAGAUCAAGCGACACCAAUUUUGGACCUUUUUUACUGUAAAACCGCUUGACUGAAAACAUGCAUGUCUGCAUCCUUCCAUCUCCCUACAUAAGCAAACAUGUCCACCUCCCAAACAACCCCACAAAACCAACCUCUCACAUGGUUUUGCUUUGCGUGUAUCGAAGUGGGUUGGAAGUGUCGGUUAUGGAAUUGUCUCUGGCCUUGUGUAUAUAUAAUCAACCCACUUCCGUUGCUCUCUAUCCAAAGCAAGAUUAAGAUUUCAAUAUUACAAGAUCUAAACAUCUCCUUUCUUAGUUUCAUCAGCCUCAAGAUGAUCAGUGCUAAGAAGCUCAUCAAAUUGGCAAGAGAAUGGCAGAAAGUGGCUGCCACUAGUAGAAAAAGGCUCACGUUUCCGCAAACAAUUAGCAGUCUUGAUUCAGAUGACUGCAGCACAUCAUCAGCAGCAGAGAAGGGUCACUUUGUGGUGUACACCACUGACGAAAAACGUUUUGUGCUUCCCUUGGAUUACCUAAACAAUGAAAUUGUUAAAGAGCUAUUCAAUCUAGCAGAAGAAGAGUUUGGAUUGACAAGCAAUGGACCUCUCACCAUGCCAUGUGAUGCUGCCUUCAUGGAAUAUGCAAUCACCAUGAUCAAGAAGAAUGUGGCUAAAGAUGUUGAGAAAGCAUUGCUGAUUACCUUAGCUAGCAAUCGAUGCUCAUCAUCUUUGAAUUUUCAUCAAGAUGUAACAAAUCAACAGUUGUCAAUUCUUAGCUUUUGAAAUACUUCACAAAGUUAAUAUACACAUUAAUAAGUUAAUUAAA